AUGCUAUUGGAAGCCCGUAGGAUCAGAUCGCCGCCGACAGCCGCCGGCACACGAAUGAAUGAACCGUGCGGUCCGUUGCUGGCACAUGCUCUGCCCCCGGCAAGGCAUGGACGGGGCAGCCCUGGCGCAGGCGAUGCCGAUGCAGUUCUCGCGCCGAUGGAUGUUGCAGAAGUGGAAGGCACCGGGUCGGGCCACCAUCAUCAUCGAGUCGAGAAACCGCGACACAGUCGAUACAUUGAUCAGAGUGUUCUGGUGUUCCCUCCCUCUCAUCGUGCCUCCAUCGCCGCUCUUGGUUGUUUCGGCACUUGCAAGCGCAGCACCCGCCCCUGCUCCGCAGGCCGACAGCAUCGACCAGGCUACCGCCGCAGCCGUGUCGGCGGCCAUCGCGGCCGUCACUAAUGCCCCGGCACGGUCAGCCACCGCAGUCGGCACAGGUACUUCUGAC